CCACCAUCAAUGGCAUCGAGUGGAGCCUUCCCUGCUUCUUCUUGUCCUCGAUAGAUGUUCAUCUGGUCGGAGGGGCGGUUGCCUCCUACUUGUGGACGUACUUGCGUUGCAAGUGAAUGCCGCUAUCCACUCGGAGGCUUUGCGUCUUCAAGAAUGUGUCAAUGAUAUUCCUCGUGUCCGCCCUCCUCAAAUAUCCAUCACGGCCAUCGCCUUCGUCUUUGUCCUCACUUCGCUCCACCAAGUCGCUCAAGUUGAAGAACAAGCGCUGCUUUUUCUUAAGGAUGUCGCACAGAGCACAUUCAAGGAGCUUUUUGGUGGACCAGCCAUGUGCUCCCUCAGGACAAAUUCGACAGCCUCAACGUCUUGCAACUAUCAGUGAACAUCUCCGACAGACGUGCACAGCACUGCUCUUCCACAACAGACCAAUACAUGAUGAUAAUGUUCCCCUCUCGAUUCUCAUUGUCGACAGCAUGCAUCCUCUCAAGAUGCCAGCCUUCGGGGGUGACGCAGCUCCUCCGAAAAUCCAAGUCAACCAGAACAUGAACAUCGACAUUCUGCAUCCAGAGUCAGCGACCAAAUCAAUUAAAACUGCCUUUCGUCUGGAACUCCAAGACUGCGCAGUGGAACUCAUGAUCCCUGUAACUUGGAUCAUUUCUGAGACUCUUUGGCCACGGAAGGCCGACGUUCUAUGCACCGAACUCGUAGAGCCGAUCCUGGUACAGCAAGACAUCGACAGGACCAGCGCCUCCCCAUGCUAGUCGCAUUUGCCAUUUUCAUUGUUGAGGUUGUCGAUCUUUGAAAUCAUUUUGACCUAAUUUCGCAGGAUUCACAGGACAAUUUCUCACAGAAGUUGCACAUUGGCUUUGUUCUAGAGCUUUUUUGGCUUCAAAUCCUGUGUGGCAUCUGGGCUUGGGUAGGUAACAUGUUGGACACACCGUUGCAUUGUUGAACCUGAUCUUAUGUUGCACUCGAGAUUCGCUGAGUUGCUGGUGGUGGUAGGAUUCGGACUCUCGCGGUUGUGCAUUUCAAUCUUGGUCACUUGGAAUGGACAAAUGUGUGCAUGCAUAUGUUUAGAAGAAAGAGAUUCUUUUAACUUUUUCUGAGUAUAAAAAUUUAGAUUGGAAACAUUUGAGCCAUGUGAAGAUGUCUUAGAACACCAUGUAUCCAAAUGGGUGGAAAUCAUAGUCGAAACAUUAUUUACAAUUGUGUGUUGUAUUCUAGUUGGGCAAAGAUAAAUAAAGUUUAAACAAAUGAUCAAAAGAUAAAAUAAGAACACUUUAGCAGAUAAAGCUAAAGUAGAUGAAUGAGAUUAUGUAUAUUUAAGGAUUGUAGCAGUAUGUA